AUGACCACAAGUGUAGCGGUCGAUCCUAAACCGCCACGACAGCCAAAGUUCCCGACGCACAACUCUCCGCGAGUGUGGUUUCUGACCAGCGCCAAUUCCCCUGUCGGCAUCUCGUUAGCGCGCCAUCUCUUGGACCAUGGAGACUACAUCGUAGCCGGCGUACCUCCGCUAGAGUUCGAGAAGAAUGGCGAACAGUCGCAACAUUUCCGCGAGUUCCUGGAAGAAGUCAAAGAGCAGGAGACGUGGUCGGGACGAUUGAGGGUUGUCGGCGUGGAUGUGCGCAUCAUGGGCCAGUGCCAGAGCGCUAUCGCAGAGGCCGUACACAGCUUUGGGCGCAUCGACAUCCUGUUCUGCUGUACCUCGGAGACUCUGGUCGGCACCGUCGAGGAGCUGUCGCAGACGACGCGCACCCACUCGCUGAUUCGCGACCAGUUCGAAACAAACUUCUUUGGCCCUGUCAAUGUCAUCAAGUCUAUCCUGCCCACCUUUCGCACAAAGAGAAACGGCCACAUCGUUAUGCUGUCCAACCUGUCAGGUCACAUGGGCACGCCAGGCAUGUCGGUCUACUGCGCCAGUCAAUGGGCCAUCGAAGGCUAUUGCGACAGCUUGGCUUACGAAGUCGCGCCUUUCAACAUCAAGAUGACCAUCAUACAACCCAAUAUGGAAAUCGCUGUCCUGACCAACCGCAUCACCGCUGCUCCUCCCAUGUCCGCCUAUGCCGCCGACCACAACCCUGCUCCACUGUUCCGCGACAUCCUAGCCGGCAUGCUCGACCGCCUCGAAGGCUCCGAUGAACCAACAACUGGUGAUCAGCUUCAGUCUGACACCAUCAAUACCAUCUACGCUCCUUUGACGAAAGGUAUGAAAGAGUCACUGGUCGCCGAAACUGUUCAUGCUGUUGCUGCGAUCGGAGGCCAUGACAACCCGCCUGCCAGACACAUUGUUGGUCUUGAGGGCACUGCUACAGUCAAGGAGAAGCUCAAGACUGUGAGCGAAGAGCUCGAGGAUUUUGUUGCGAGCAGCGCUGCCGUCGACAUUGUCAAGAAUGAAGACCCAAAUCUUCAGCACAACUUUCACACUUGA